GCCUGUCUGUGUGACCCGGGCGGCGUCCCGAGCCCGAGCACGGCAGGAGAUUGAGGGGGUCUCCCCCUCCCCCCCGCGGCAGCAUGGAGGCGUUUGUGAACUUCACCAACCAGACCCAGGGCCGGGACCGGCUCUUCCGAGCCAUUCAACACACAUGCAUGUUGCUUAGCUAUUUAUUAGAGCGUAAGGCUGACAAAGAGAUGAUGAUAAUGAAGCUCAAGAAGUUGGAAUCUAGCAUGCGCUCUGGCCGUAAAUUGUUCAGACUGGGCAACAUGGUGCAUGCCAUGGUAGCAGCCAGGCGAACUACCCAGCUACCAGACCUGGUGCCCCGUCUCUGCCUGACAGCCUCCAACCUCAACCGUGUUCUGUAUUUCAUCUGUGACACAGUCCUGUGGGUGAAGAGUGUUGGACUCAUCCCUGACAUUGACAAGCAGACGUGGCGGAACUGGGCUACCAAAUGCUAUUACUAUUCACUGCUGAUGAAUUUGACCAGGGAUUUGUAUGAGAUCUCCUGGCGGAUGGAACAGGAGGCUCAAAGGGAGAAGGCAAGGAAGGAGAACUCUUCUCAUUGUGAUGAACAAGAUCAGGAUCUGUUCAGUUUCCAUGCAGGUGGGUUGCAGCCUUUUCUCCUCCUGCUGUACCACACCCUGAGGAAACACCCUCCCUUGUUGCUAGACACAGUGAAGAACCUUUGCGAUCUCUCUAGUCCUUUUGACCAGCUGGGAAUCUACAAAACCAACCCAGGAGUUAUUGGGCUCUGUGGCCUCCUCUCGUCCCUGGUGGGGAUCCUCACAGUGGCAAGGCCACAUAUGAAGCUGAAGUACUGAUCUGAGAGCAUCACAUACGGUGAACUGGCAGGUUUGCUUCCCUGACAGUUUCCAUUCCCAGGAUGGUAUUUUAAAAAUGAACACAUUUGACAAUCACUCUUCAUAUGUGGUUUGUUCUCUGGAGGAGUCAGCUUUACUUCCUCCUCCUCCUCCUCCUUCCUGAUAUCCUCUCAGGCGAGGAGCUGCUGUGUGCUGUGACAUACUACAUGAUGGAGAAGAACGGUGAAGAGGCUGAGCAAGGACUGAGCAAAACAUCCCUGAAGAAUAUUGUGAAACAUGGAAAUCAAGACUUUACAAAUUGCUGCUAGUUAAGGACAUGUUGCUGUCUCCUGUAUUUGAAUAUAGACAUGUGGAAUAGCUGCAUAGACAACUAAAAUUGUAUAAAAAGCCAUAAGUAGUGGUGCUGACACUGGAAAGGCAGAAUUCACCAAUGAGGGUUCAUACAAUCAUUUGUCUUUCUUGAAUACAUUCAAGCAUGUUGGUACCAGGAAGGCUUUGGGAACUGUAGUUCAAAUGGCCUGGAUCGUGAGUUCUGUGAGGGGAUGUAUGAUGCCAGGGGACUGGUAAUUGGUUAUACGGAGCUUUUCAUCUCUAGGCAGUGGUUCAAAUCCAGCCCAGGCUGGUAGUAACUGAAGAGUGCUACUGUUUGGUGAUAUAGUGGCCACCAUUGACUAUGUAUUGGUGGGACUAGAUCCAGUUCCUAGUGAAUAGAUGUCUAUAUCCCAGAAACCACCACCCCAUCUGCCCUCCUUGUUGACAAUACAAGGCCAAGGAUUGCUUGGGCCAUGGAAUCUGAAUUCCUCUCUAGAAGGGUCCUUCCAGGUCAUGGUUAGGUACACUGUCUUUUUCCAGUGUAUGGGGGUAGCUUACUGCAGUGCUGCUCACGCUGGGGAUAAGCAAAGGAUUUCAGUCUCCAUGAUUGCUGAUCUGGCACCAUUCACCAGCACUAGUCUUCCGCCAAAUACACACACCAAACCCUGGCAAUCCCAGGAGGGUGAUAAUUUCUGUACUCUCUGAAGCAACUUUUGCACUGAUAUUGCUUUAGUUUUGCUGAAAGUUUUCAAAUAUCAGUUUUAAAUCCUCCUGCUAUUGAGAGAAACCUGCCCCAAGGCUCCUGGUGAGUGAGCUGGAAUGGGUGUUGUCAGAAAAGGGAACUUACACUCUUGGACUGGGAUGAGCUUGCUGAUGCCAAAUUCCUUUGAUAAGCGCUUGCAAGAAGAGAAUCCUUUUAUCUGACCCUCUCUAGAGUCCUCCCCAUCAUGGCCACCUGCUUGGAUAAGGACAUGUGGUUUUCUCAUAUGUCACCUCUCUGUUUGGGUGGGUUCUACCACUCUAAUGUCCCUUUCGUUCUCCCAGCCAUCUAGGUAGAAUGUUGCUUUGAAUUAUUACACAGGUUAUGGGAGAAAAUACUGUCUACUUUUCUAAUGUGUAUGAUUUGUGUUGUUUGACAUCCUUUUGGGUGAGGGGGACUGACUUUACAGACAUGCCACCUUUCUACAGGAGCUGAGCCACAGAUGCUAAUGAAUCUACUUGUGAUGCAAGAGCCAAAACGAUCCCUUCUCUGGAUAUGAGCCUGAUCUGUGAUCUCUGCUCACCACCAAUGCAGAGACUUCACCCCGCCCCACAGCUGGGAGGGCAGGGUGGUGAGUUUACAAACUUUCCCAGUAGUUUUCUGGUACAGAGGGACCGUGGAAGGGCCAGCCUAGUCACACUGACUCCAGGAGAGACAGCCUAAGAGUGAAAAAAGUCUCCUGUGCGGAGAAGGGGGAUAAGUGAGGAAAGGUUUUCAGGCUGGCUGGCCUCUUCAAAGCUUUCCCCCACCAGGGGCUGACCUGUAACACCACCACCUGGGUCUGACAAGGAUGCUUAGGCUUCCAGGCUCACUGCUAUGGGAUUCCAACAGGCCUGUCUUAGUCCUUUGCUUAGGCAGGUCACUGGAUUUUAGAAGCUAAUACUUGCGAUUCCCCCUGGGAGCUGGAAGCUAUGGGUUUAAUUUAUUUAAUUUAGCUUAAUCUAACUAAAGCUGGAGAAUCAACCAAAAGGAGAGAAUUCUUUAGGUCAACCUCCUCAGGCUCCUGGAAUAAGGGCUGCUGCUGUUGUACAUUGUCUAGGGAAACACAACUAAUAAACUGAAGCUGAGUUUGAA